AAUAUGGAAUGAUUCUGGUUGCCAAACAUUUGGAGACAAAAAUAAAACUGUUUGUAGCUGUAAUCACCUGACUUACUUCGCUGUAUUAAUGAACCCUAAUAAUAUCACCCUGAGCGCUAGCACCUUGAAAACACUGACGUACAUCUCCUACAGCGGCUGUGGGGUUUCACUCUUUUUCUUGGGAGUUGUUCUAUUCAUGUACAUUGUUCUAUGGAAACAGAAAUCCGAUCACUCCGCCGCAAUUCAUCGGAGCCUGUGUUCAGCGCUGUUCCUGCUAAACCUCACCUUUUUACUGAACGAGUGGCUGGCGUCCUAUAAUAAAGAUGGGCUCUGUCAGUUCAUUGCCGCCCUCAUGCACUAUUCCCUGCUCUGCACCUUCACCUGGUUUGGAAUUGAAGCUUUCCACCUGUACCUGCUGAUGAUCAAGGUCGUCAACACCUAUAUAAAGCAUUACCGGAAGAUGCUGAGCCUCGUUGGCUGGGGAAUACCAGCUGUACCUGUAAUUCUGUCAGCAAGUUUUAACAAGUAUGGGAAGUAUUCCAUAUCCACAGAGCUGAAGUCUGUUUCAAUGUAA